AUGGCCUCUAAUGUCAUGAGUAGAGGUGGCAACGGGGUGGGUCCAAGACAGGUGUAUGGUGCUGGGGGUAAAAUAACAUGGCAUAGAUACAAACAUGAGGCAGCAGAAGGCAAGAAGGAGUUGAUAGAGAACUUGAAGGUGCUGGAAGGAGUAUUAGGAGACAAGCCUUAUUCCGGAGGGGAGACGUUUGGAUAUCUGGAUAUUGCUCUUUUGGAAUUCUACAUGUGGUUUCCUGCUUAUGAGACCUUUGGAAGUUUCAUCAUAGAAGCAGAGUGCCCCAAGCUGAUUGCAUGGGGUAGGCGGUGCUCUCAGAGGGAGAGUGUAUCUAAGUGUUUAGUGGAACCAAACAAGAUGGUCGAUUUGGUUGUGUGCUUCAGAAGGAUGUUUGGAUUGAAAUAG